CACACACACACACACACACACACACACAUCCUGCACACACUAACACUAUUCAUAAAGUUAACAGAAAAUAAAUAGACAUCGAGUGUGUUUAAUACGUGACGUUUAACUACACGAUGGAGGAAACGUGUACUUCUUACAUUCCUUCAUUCAGCUCGGCAUUAAAGGGUUGAUGGAAAAGCAGAAGAGCUUGCAGUACAGUUCACCAGGUGUGUUCUCUCAGGUGAUGGGACUCUGUGAUGUUGCAGAUGAACGUGUGGCUGGUCUACGGCAUGAUCACCGUCACCGCAAAAGAACAAACAAUUCUCUCUUCACCACACACAUGUUGGCUUCUUUGGUUGUUCCUGGUGAACCUCAGCAUCCCGUAUACGGUUGAGGCGAACGUAUUCAGGGUUGGAGUGUUAGGCCCGUGGUCAUGUGACUCCAUGUUUUCCAAGGCCAUGCCUGGUGUUGCAGCUAAACUUGCUGUGCAGAGGAUCAACAGAGAUCGUGCGCUGGCCCUGGGUGUUACGUUUGACUACGUCAUCCUGGAAGAAGAUUGUCAGACUUCGAUAGCUCUGAAGGAUUUUAUGGGUUACUCCACACGCGCCUCAGCGUUCUUAGGGCCCAUAAACCCUGGAUACUGUGAGGCAGCAUCUCUGCUUGCUCGGAACUGGAACAAGGCUCUCUUCUCCUGGUCCUGCGUGAACUACGAAUUGGAGAGUUCAUGGCGUCACCCGACGUUUUCCCGCACCAUCCCCUCUUCUGUCUGGGUGCUGAAGACUGUGGCACAUCAUUUCCACUGGGCUAACAUAGCCAUCGUCUCCUCAGCCGACUGCGUGUGGGUGGACACGUCCUACAAGGUUGCCGAUGCCUUAAGGAGCUUUGGCUUUCCUGUCAGGAUGCUGCUCUCCACGAGCAAUGAUCCUGCCAGUAUACGUAGCUCUCUCUCCACCAUCAGGAAGAUGAAGGAGCUUCGCAUGGUGAUCCUCUGUAUGCACUCUGUCUUGAUCGGUGGAAAAACCCAGAAGCUCCUGCUGGAAAUGGCCCUGGACAUGCACUUGACCGAUGGCUCGGUGGUGUUUGUGCCGUAUGAUACGCUGCUUUACAGCCUUCCGUACAAACAAGUGACUCAUCAGGCUCUGUACAACAACAGCAAGCUGAGACUGGCCUACGACUCUGUGCUCACUGUUACUAUGGACUCAGAGGAGGAUUCGUUCUACAAAGCCUUCCAGGAUGCCAUCAGGUCUAAAGAGGUUCCUGCAAACAUUAAACCUCAUGAGGUGUCUCCUCUCUUUGGCACAAUUUACACUACCAUCAUCUUCAUGGCCAAUGCUCUACAGGAUGUGCGUGAUUCUGCAUCGUGGCUUUCAGGGGUGAAUUUAGCUCGUCACACAGGAAAUAUGGUGCUCCAAGGUUUCAGUCAGAAGAUUCGCACUAACAGCUCUGGAGUGAGUCUUGUAGACUACAUAGUUCUAGAUACAGAUGGACAUUCCUGGGAACUGCAUCCGACUCACAGUGUGAACCUCCAGACCAACGUUGUUCACUUCCUUGGGAGACCGAUCCACUUCCCUGGAGGUGUUCAGCCCAAAGCUGACUCCAGGUGUUGGUUCACACCUGGGGGACCUCUGUGUACCAGAGGAGUCGACCCGCUUAUCCUGUUCGAGGUGUUCAUGUCAGCACUUUUUCUAAUACUUCUCAUAACUAGUCUUGGAUAUUGUACACGACGUCGCCUCAAUCAAAUUAGAAUGGUUCGAGGUCCCAACAAGAUCCUCCUCACGCUAGAUGAUGUGACCUUCAUCAAUCCCUCUCUCAGUAAUAAGAAAGUGAGUACAGAUGAUGGUAAAGGAGAGACAGAGAGAUGUUUAUCAGAAGAGGACAGCAGAAUGAAUUCACACAUCUCCAUCUCGAACACUACUGAACCCAGCUAUGAAAACUCCAAUGUGGUCAUAUUUGAGGGGGAUUGGGCGUGGCUGAAGCGGCUGCCGUCUGGACACUUUCGAUCAAUAAAUCCAAAAACUAGCGAUGUAUUCGAACUGAUGAAAGAUAUCCGUCAUGAGAACCUAAAUCCAUUCCUGGGCUUCUUUCAUGACUGCGGGAUCUUCGCCAUCGUAACUGAGUUCUGCUCUCGCGGAAGUUUGGAGGAUUUGCUUAAAAAUGAAGAUGUGAAACUCGACUGGAUGUUUAAGUCUUCGCUUCUCCUGGACCUUAUCAAGGGUAUGAAGUAUCUUCACCACAGAAGUGUGUGUCACGGCCGGCUCAAGUCCCGUAACUGCGUUGUGGAUGGACGUUUUGUACUGAAAGUUACUGACUACGGUUACAAUGAAGUUCUCCAUGCUCAGAAGUUCCCCUACACAGAAGCUAAAGCAGAAGACCUGCUGUGGACCGCUCCUGAACACCUGCGUUCUCCAUACCCUGGACACUUUAGUACUUAUGAAGGUGACGUCUACAGCUUCUCCAUCAUUGUACAGGAGGUGGUGCUGAGAGGACCUCCAUUCUUCAUGCUCCAUGUUCCUGCUGAAGAACUCAUUCAGAAGAUUAAGAAGCCUCCUCCUCUGUGCAGGCCUGUGGUUUCUCCUGACUUCGCUCCCAUGGAGUGCAUUCAGCUCAUUAAACAGUGCUGGAAUGAACAGCCGGAGAGAAGACCUGCGUUUGAUGAGAUCUUCGAACAGUUUAGGAACAUCAACAAGGGGAAGAAGACAAACAUUAUAGACUCCAUGUUGCGAAUGCUGGAGCAAUAUUCUUCUAACCUUGAGGAGCUCAUCCGUGAGAGAACAGAGGAGCUGGAAAUUGAAAAGCAGAAAACAGAGAAACUGCUAACGCAGAUGCUUCCUCCGUCUGUAGCUGAGGUUCUGAAAGUCGGCGGCACUGUGGAACCCGAGUACUUCGAUAACGUCACGUUGUACUUCAGCGACAUUGUGGGCUUCACCACCAUCUCUGCCAACAGUGAGCCCAUUGAAGUGGUGGACCUGCUCAAUGAUCUGUACACCUUAUUUGAUGCUAUUAUUGGUAACCAUGAUGUUUACAAGGUGGAAACGAUUGGAGAUGCGUACAUGGUGGCGUCUGGAGUUCCAGUUCCUAACGCUAACCGUCACACUGCUGAGAUCGCCAACAUGGCCCUAGACAUCCUGAGUGCUAUAGGAACCUUUAAGAUGAGACACAUGCCUGAUGUUCCAGUACGCAUUAGAAUCGGACUGCACACGGGCCCAUGUGUAGCAGGAGUUGUUGGCCUCACCAUGCCUCGUUAUUGUUUGUUUGGGAACACAGUGAACAUUGCCUCCAGAAUGGAGUCCACCGGCAUGCCGUACCGCAUCCACACCAGUUACACCACCGUAAAGAUCCUUCUUGAGCUGAAGGAAGGAUACCAGGUCCAGGUCCGUGGAAAAACUGAACUAAAGGGGAAAGGGAUGGAGGAAACCUACUGGCUUGUGGGUAAAGAUGGAUUCACUAAACCGCUUCCUGUUCCUCCUGAACUCAAGUCAGGACAAAUGGCCCACGGCUUGCAGAUGGAGGAAAUCGCUCGAUUCAAACAGAAGAAAGCUGAAGCCCAGUUAGCCAAGAAGAAAUGAGGUCAGAGAUGGUGCGUGACUUUAAGCAGCUGCUGCAGAAAGCAGUGAGGAAGAUUUUGGUUGUGAGACACGUGGCUCAGCUGCCUAAUGUGGACUUCACUGAGGAAAACGUUGUGAUCCACCAUCAUUAACAGCUCUACUGUGAUGGACAUUAAGAGAACUGGACCACAACAGCAGUCUGUAGAAGUGAAGAGGACUAGUUAUUCCUCGGCUCAUUGAUGUUGCAGAAACGUUUAACGAGCAUUUUCCUCCCAGCAUUUUCACUUCAUCCCACAAAACCAGACAACGAGAAGGAGAACACAUGGGUUAUACCAUCCAGCUGAAGAAGCAACUCUCUAACUUCAGUGUGAAAUCUAUGAAGCUUUUCUUAAUCGCAAGUCUGAUUCUUUUAACUGCCCCUUUUUCUCCCAGUGUGCAGGAAUGGUCCAGUGUGUACUUAAGAAGGAAAAGGUACGUCUGAGAGGAGAAAGGUGAAGUGCUUGUGGCACCUGGAGAUUAUCAGAUACUUCAGUAAGCGGCUCUUAAAAUGAAUCUGACUGUAAUGUUUAUAAAUAGCAGAGGAUCAGACUGUGUUCUCCCACAGUACCCUGGUGCAGAAACAGCUUCAGGACAAGAUCACCCUGAACCCUGUGCUGGAAAAAUGAAAAUAUUUACUUAUAGUUUAAGUUCUAAACCAGAACAAUGAUUGAGAUUCAUUAGAGUCCAUUAUAUUUUAUAAUUCCAACAUGUAGUCGUUUUCUUUUAAAACAAUGAAAAAAGUUGAAUGUAUGCAAUAUUUAUAUCUCAGUUUUUUCUUCAUCUUGUCCUCACUGAUCUUUACUGAACCUUUACUGAACACCUGUAGGUGUCAUGAUGUGUAAUGAAGAGCUGUAAUCAUUUUCAUUUUUAUUACUAUGGAUUUAAAUAAACGGACAGCACAGUGAU